AUGAACAUUCACUGCGGAGCAAUGUCGGGAAUUAUUUUCCCGCUGGCAUUAUUUGCAGUAUUUCCCACUGGAAUUCAUACAGCUGUUGUUGGCCAUGCGAAUGUAAAAGAUUCUGUGAAAUAUUAUGUUUACACAAGGCAAAAUCCCGAUAUACCACAACCUUUGGAGGCAAAUGUAGAGUCAGUGAUACGAAAUGUUCUGAAUCCCACGAAACCGACAACCUUGUCCAUUCAUGGUAUUGCGGAUAAUAAAGAUCACCCAAUGAACAAUUUGGUAAAGAACGCAAAAUUGCAGCUGGAAGAUGGCAAUGUUAUUGUUGUCGAUUACAGUGAGGUAAUUGAAAAUUCUGACGAUCUUGCAGCAGGUGCCUUAAAAGUUCCGCAAAUUGCAGAAGCCCUAGCAGAUUUAGUCUACCUACUACAUGAUAGUUUCAAUUUAGAUCUCCAACAACUGCAUGCAGUUGGCUUUAGUUUGGGUGCACAAAUAAGUGGGGUACUCGGGCACAGCCUCCAUCAGCGUGUACAACAAAAAUUAGCACGCAUAACUGCUCUAGAUCCGGCUGGUGUUUUCUUUAACGAAUCCACACCCCAUGAUGAACGUCUAACCGCCGAUGAUGCUGAUUUUGUUGAAGUUGUACACACCAAUGCUGGCUAUUUGGGUUUUCGCACACCUUGUGGUCAUGUCGAUUAUUAUCCCAAUGGUGGUGUACAACAACCUGGCUGUGAUGUGAAGGAUGUGUCAUGUUCUCAUAUUCGUGCUUAUGAGCUUAUAACAGAAAUGUGGUUGCCGGUUAAAAACCAAGAAUUGUUGGUUUUAAAAUGUCCCAGUUAUACGAUUUUAGAUUUGACAAGUUGCCGUUGGCUAGCGGAGAGAAUGGGUGAUUUAAAAUAUUCAGCCAAGGAUGGUGUUUACUAUGUGGAAACAAAUGCAGCGGAGCCCUAUGGCAAGGGAGCUUUUAAAGUGGAAUUUUUGUAG